AACAUCAAAACUUUACCCUAAAAACCUGACAUAUUUCAAAAAAUGUUUGAGAUUGCGAACUUGAAAGCAUUUAGAGAUCUGAGUGCAGAUCAAAAAAGGCAUACAACGUUAUUGAAAGAAAAGAAAAUUAUUCUUUAUGCAGCUACUUUACUAGAUAGCGAAAAUUUGGAAGUAGUAAGUUUGUGUUUGGACAUUCUGGAGAAUUUCAUAUCAAAUGAAGAUGCUCACGCAUGUCUGUUGUCCACUUUUGGUGUGUAUGAAGCUUUAGAAGCAUUGUCAAUAAACAAAGCGCAGUUAAACUCGAGAAAGUACUUACUAAAAUCAGAGGUAUUAUAUCAUUCAUAAUCAACACAGAAAUAAAGAGGUGUACUGUUAGAAUAUGUUCGAAAAUAAAUGUAAAGGAAGUUAUAGAUAAAAUAUUCAAUAAAUGUUGUCUGAAAGCUUUAGUAGUCACUAAAAAUCUUCAAACUGGAAUCGAGGAGUUCAGAGAUGUUUCAAGAAUCAGCCCAAGUAAAAGUUACUUGGAAUAUCCAGAGGAAAUAUAUUCUCCCAAGAAAACAGCUAUUUCUGAAAAAAACCUUGUUCAAAACUCCAACAGUAUACUGAAAUCUGUAAUGAAUAUGUGGAAUGAUGCUUUUUACUGGUGAACAUCUGAAAUAAAAGAAUUAUAUACCUA